AGUCGAAUUUUGUAAGUGCUCGCGUUCCUUAUUAACACAUUUUUUUUAGCACGUCCGUGAUAAUUCGGUAAAAUGUUGGUUUUCGAUUGUUUGUGACAACAGUGGAAAUAGUUAGGUAUCUUUGGAUUUAGUUCUUUCGGUGGUGGAAAGUUUGCGAUAGGAUGCCGCUUUUCAAGAAGAAAGCGGAAAGGAGGAAGUCCCUUUCUAGGAAGGACAUAUCCUUGGCUAGAUUGGAAAAUUUCAGAAAAGAAGUUAUCACCGAUCACCAUACCAUCCAACUCAGUGACCUGUGUAGGAAAUUCCAGACUGACAGAGAAACUGGCUUAACGCCAGCUCAAGCUGCAGCUGUCCUUGAAAAAACUGGAACGAAUACAUUAACCCCUUCACACAAAGUUCCGGAAUAUGUUAAAUUUUUAAAGACAAUUACACAAGGUUUUUCGAUAUUAUUAUGGAUAGGAGCAUGCCUUUGCUUCGCCGCUGUGAUCAUCAGAAAAUUCACUAUCCACGAAGCAGAUACGGAUAAUCUUAUAUUAGGAUGUGUUUUAGUAGUAGUCGUCUUAGUCACGGGAAUUUUCAUGUAUUUCCAAGAGCACAAAAGCAGCAAGAUUAUGGAAUCUUUUGCGAACAUGGUACCUCCGAAAGCCACUGUGAUACGAGGUGGAGAAACCAUGACGAUUAUAUCGAAGGAAAUUGUGGUGGGUGAUUUGGUGGAAAUGAAAUUCGGGGAUCGGAUACCGGCAGAUAUCAGGAUAAUACAGAGUCAAGGUUUCAAGGUGGAUAAUUCAGCUUUGACUGGAGAAUCGGAGCCCCAAUACCGUGCACCCGAUUGCAGUAGCGACAACAUUUUGGAAACCAAGAAUUUCGUCUUCUUCUCCACCAAUGCCGUUGAAGGCACAGCUAGAGGAAUCGUUUGUGAAACCGGCGACAGAACUGUCAUGGGCAGAAUCGCCGGUCUGACAGCCAGAUUGCAGCCCAACAAGACGCCCAUCGCCAAGGAGCUGGAACACUUCAUGAAAAUCAUCAGCGUGUGGGCCUGUUUUUUGGGCUUCGUGUUCGGAUCGGCCGCCCUGGCCAAAAACUACUCCUGGAUAGAGGCCUCCCUGUUUCUCAUCGGUAUCAUCGUCGCCAACGUACCAGAAGGUCUUCUUGCCACUGUAACCGUUUGUCUUUCGGUGACGGCCAAACGCAUGGCGGCGAAGAACUGCCUGGUGAAGAACCUCGAGGCCGUCGAAACGUUGGGCUCCACCUCGAUCAUCUGCUCGGACAAGACGGGCACUCUGACGCAGAACAAGAUGACGGUGUGUCACUUUUGGUGCGACAGCAAAAUUAUGGACGCCGAUUCCACUGUUCAGCAGGAGAGCGCCAAGGAUUACAAUAAGACGGAAGGUUUCCGCUCCCUUAUGAGAUGCGGCACCCUCUGCAACAGGGCGGAAUUCGUACAGGGUGAGAAAGACAAGCCGAUCCAGAACAGGCAAGUGAGAGGGGAUGCUUCGGAAGAAGCCAUACUCAAGUUCGUCGAAUUCACUCACAUCCACGGAGAUCCCAGCGAAUUUCGUCAUAAAAAUCCCAAGUUGCUCGAAAUUCCCUUCAGUUCCGUCACAAAAUAUCAGAUCAGUAUCCACUCCUUGGAGCAAGGCGGGUGCCUUUUGGUGAUGAAAGGCGCUCCAGAACGUAUUUUGGACAGGUGUUCGCAGAUGCUCACCGUGGAAGGUACCAAGGAAAUGACAGAUGACAUGAGAAUGCAGUGCGACAAAGCCAUGACCGAGCUCGCCGAACGAGGAGAAAGAGUAUUAGGUUUCGCUGAUCUGAUGUUGGACGAAUCGUACACCAAGGACUACAAAUUUUGCGCGGAGCCUCCGAAUUUCCCCAGGAAAGACCUCAGAUUCGUCGGUUUCAUGUCUUUGAUAGACCCCCCUAGGCCGCAAGUCCCAGACGCUCUCGAAAGGUGCAGGAGUGCCGGAAUAAGGGUUGUCAUGGUUACCGGAGAUCAUCCAAUCACGGCGAAAGCCAUAGCGAAGCAGGUGGGCAUAGUCAGAUGCAAGGACGUCAUCGAUGCGUACAACAUCAACGUGAUCGAGACCCUGCCGCCCAACAUCAAGGACAAGGCCAUCGUGAUACACGGUUCGGCGUUGCGGGACGCGACCAAUCAGGAGCUGGACAACAUUCUGUUCAACUUCAGGGAGAUCGUGUUCGCGCGAACGUCGCCCACGCAGAAGCUGCAUAUCGUGGAGGGAUGCCAGCGGCUGGGAGAGAUCGUGGCGGUGACAGGGGACGGCGUGAACGACGCGCCGGCCCUCAAGAAGGCCGACAUCGGCAUCGCGAUGGGCAUCUCCGGGUCGGAGGUGUCCCAACAGUCGGCCGACAUGAUCCUGCUCGACGACAAUUUCGCCUCGAUCAUCACGGGCGUCGAGGAGGGCAGGAAGAUUUUCGACAAUCUGAAGAAGUCGAUAGCGUACACGCUGGCAUCGAACAUGCCGGAGAUAUUUCCGCCGCUGGCGUUCGUCGUACUCAACAUUCCGCUGCCUCUAGGUGUCAUGGCCAUCUUGUGCAUCGACCUGCUCACGGACAUGAUGCCGGCCAUCAGUCUGGCGUACGAGCGGGCCGAGAGCGACAUCAUGAUGCGGCCCCCUCGGAACCCCAAGAAGGACAAGCUGGUCACCGGCAAGCUUUACUUCCUGGCGUACGGCCACAUCGGCAUGGUCGAGGCGCUCGGCGGCUUCUUCGUCUACUUCGCCAUCAUGGCCGAGAACGGGUUCAUGCCGGGCCGGCUGUUCGGUCUCCGUUCUGAUUGGGACGCGGAAUCAGUGAACGAUUUGGUAGAUUCUUAUGGGCAGGAAUGGACUUACGAACAUAGGAAAGAACUGGAAUACACUUGCUACACCGCCUUCAUGAUUUCUGUUGUGGUUACUCAAUGGGCAGAUCUGAUCGUCUGCAAAACUAGAAUCAAUUCUAUCUAUAAGCAAGGAAUGGGAAAUAUGGUUCUGAAUGUCAGUUUAGUCGUGGAAACAGUCGUCGCUUGUAUGUUAUCGUACAUCCCGAAAAUGAGCUAUUUGAAGUUUUAUCCGGUGCUAUUCAGAUGGUGGUGUUACUCGCUUCCAUUUGCUAUUUUCAUCUUCGCCUUUGACGAAUUCAGGAAAUGGCACAUCAGGAAAAACCCGGACGGAUGGUAUCGAAAAGAGACAUACUAUUGAAUCGUGUGUGUUGUAGACGCUAGACAGUCUGUUUUAAAUGUAGGUAGUUGUAAAUGUAUAAUAUUAAAUUAUUCAUAUCUUUAAGGAUUUGUUAACAUUUCUAGUAGUAUGGAUUUGAAGAAUAGAUGUUUGUUUGUGGCAGUUUUUUGGCAGGCACAAAAAAUAUCUCCUGAAUAGCAAGCAAAAUAAAUGAAAUGUAU